GCUGCAGGAACCCGCGCAAGAUCGAGACCUCCACUUGAACACGGAGCAGUACGAAUUCUCUGAACGCGGCAUUUGCGAAGAUGGUAGUCAUCGUGACGGAUCUCGAUUCCUUUCCGGUCGAAGUGGACCUUUUAAAGACAGUCAAGGACCUCAGUGAGCAGGUCCAGGAUGUAAUCGGCAUUCCCGCCGAAGAACAGGCUGUACUACUCGAUGGUCGGCCCCUGGAUCCCACGAAGACGCUGAGCAGCUAUGAGUCACAAGGACUCAACCAGGACUCUUUGCUCGUGAUUGGUAAGAGGCCCACGGGACAGGCCAGCGGCAGUGGAGCAAUUGGUCAAAGAGGAGGUCAGAGCCAAGGGGCUGCGGGAGGAGAGUGAGUGCCACGAGAUUAGAAAACGUGCUGAUGCCUAUAUCACAUGUGUAGCUUCAAAUUCGUCAAACUCACGCUGAUUGAACU